UGCUGCCUCGUUUUGUGGAUGAAUCGGGGUCCCGAAUGGUGGAAAUUGCUCUGGCUCAGAACGGUUUUCCCAUAGUGUUGUCAGUGGCGUCGAGAGAAGCUUUUGCACCCGGAGAGGAAGAGUUGAUUUGCACUCCCUUCCGCCAGAAAAGUAGAAACAUUUGUACCCACGGAAGAGUCGGCGUCGCACCCGGGGCGGAAGAGUCGAUUUGCACCCUCAUCCCUCGUCAGAAAUCAUAUUUAUCCAAUUUCUUCAUAUAAAUUCGAUUCAUUCUGCGCCCCUAAAAUCGUGCCGGGUGUUGCGCCCUUCGACUAUUCGAGUACUGCUCACUGUCUCCGAACUUUUCUCAACUCACGUCUGUAUCGCUUUCUAUCUUGGACCUUAAUGCUCGAUCCAAUCGUUUCUGCUUUCCUUUUAAACUUCUUCCCUCACCCCUCCCUGUUUCUUUUCCUUUCCUUCCUUCUAUUUCUUCCAUCCCUCCUGUUUCCGUUCACUGUCACCAGUGACAGUGACAGCUUGGCGGGUUUUAUAUCUCGCCCAUGCUUUACGUUGUUCUUGCGGCACAAUGGGCUUGGGUUAGCAGUGUUUGAAUAUCGAUCAAUAUCGAAUGAUACACAAUGUGUCAUGCAAGUAACCUCUCACGAACAUGAGUGGAUCAUUCAGAUACUUGUAUGAAUGGCAGUAAUCAUUUGUGUUACACUAGAUUACCAAACCAAGAGAGGAACGAAGACUGUUGAUUGUAUAUCCGAGCUGUACCGAACAUCGCACACCAUUUUCGAAACUUGCAUACAAGUUUGACCCACAUAUAUCGUCUCGUUCUACUAUAGCGAAAGCCACUGCACCGCUGCUAACGUUUUUCAUAAUGAGGCUUGGUUUUGGUUGGGGUGGGAUAUUUUUCCUGGCUUUAGGACCUUAGGACUUUAUGUGAUAAGGUAUAUCAGCUUUUGAAAACAGAACUUUGUCAGUAGUAAUCUCCACUGACCACUUUGCCCCCCAAAUAACAAAAUGCGAAAUAUGCGUGUUGAGGGGGCAAAUCACGCCACUGUUCACUUCAUAUCACCCUGCGCAUUUCAGUACCAUCAGCAUCGCUCCAUGACAGUUCGUCUGAUAACCGUCGAAAUACAGCUGUCAUAACAAUCCCAUACGUCUUCCUCAUACACAUCUUUGCUAACCACAAAAAGGUAGAGUUCCAUCCGAGUGUUAUUAGAAAUUAAUAUUGAAAUCAAUUUAAGUCAUCCUGUAGUAAGCUUCGCUGUAUACAAAACAAGGAGACCAAAUCUUUGAGCUCGCUCACCAACAAUUCCCGCGUGCUGCAAAGAGUCGUCCGAAAAAACCCCAACAAACUCAAAGAUUUGUUGCAACGUGUUGCAAGUAGCAAACCAGGAUGCCGGAGACGGAUCGUUUCGAUUGCCAAAUGUGCGAUCUCGCCAACAACGCCGAUGACAUGGUACAAUGCGAAGGAUGCGGCAAAUGGUCGCACUUCGGAUGUGCUGGUUUCGAUGAAGGGCGAAAGGACGAACAUUGGAUGUGCCAUAAAUGCGUCGUCGAAUCUGCUAACAGCGUCGUCGGUGUUGAUUCGAAUGUUUCGGUUGGCCUCGAACCUGCACACGGGCAAACUAACGCGAACGGAUCCGACGAAGGAGCAAAGCCGAUUGGGGAACUCGCCCAGCUUAACCUCAAACUGUUGGAAGAGCGGAAGGCAUUCCUGCUAAGGGAAAUUGAGCUGCAACAGACGAUCCAGUUGGAACAACGUAAGCUGCAGUUGGAGAAAGAGAUGUGGAAAGCGCGGUACGACAUCAUCAAUGCGAGGUGUGGAGCAACCAACAGGGAUGUGAUGGCUGGUAGUCUUGGAGAUUGGUUACAUCGCUUGGAUCAGGUCGCCGUCAGCCAGAAUGAGCUAACUUCUGCGCCGGCGAGAACGGUGACGGUCUCAGCAACGUCUUCCAGAACCAGACCGCAGCAUUCCGCUGCUGGAAAUACAAAAAAUAUUCCACAAACAACACCAUCGUCACCUGCGGUCACGUCAUUGUUCGGAGGUACAUCUGUUCUCCCUUCUUGGAUAAUCUCUCCUACGAUGUCGAUGCAAUCAAACUCGCAACUAAGCCAACCGACAACGAGUGGGUAUGCAAGUGGGCAAGGUAGCCUCUCCCACGAUUUUCAACCUGGCAGAGGAGCAAACGGACCGGGGGCGUCGACGCCAGUCAGCACGAUCAAUUGGGUCAAUCCAGUGACAGGCUUUACCAGUUCCACCCAGUGCCUGCCACCAUACAUCAGCUCAGUGGGACAGAUUGGAAGUCAUCCAAUGCAACCGUGGCACGUGAGUCAGCCAUAUCAGGUACCGAAUAGUUUACACAAUUUCGCACCAGUAGGUCAGGUAGCCUCUUCGCAGUAUGCUUACGGUAGCGUAGGAACACUGAAUCCUGUAGCCAGUUCAAUAAAUGCAUAUCCCUCUUACAUCCCCUAUUCCUUUCCAUCGAUGCUUCCGCAACCUAAUCCAUACCUCCCGCAAAUCCCUCUGGGUGGGCAAAUGGGACCUCUUGGUGGAUAAAUGGGACCAGCUGUGAUUAUCGACGAGCUAGCCCCUACACCUCGUCAAAUCGCAGCGCGACAUGUUAUGCCGAAGGAUUUACCGUUGUUCAGUGGCAAUUCCGAAGAGUGGCCCAUGUUCUUCAGUGCUUUUAACACCUCCACGGAAGCAUGCGGCUACAGUAACGUUGAAAACCUUGGUCGUCUCCAACAGUGCCUGAAGGGUGCCGCAUUGGAGGCAGUUCGUAGUCGUUUAUUAUUACCUACAUCAGUGCCACAAGUGAUACAUACGCUGCAGAUGCUGUACGGGCGGCCAGAACAAAUAAUAUACGCGCUGCUCCAGAAGAUCCGCGAUGUUCCAGCACCAAAAGCGGAUAAUUUGUGCACGAUCGCGGCUUUCGGCAUGGCGGUACAGAACUUCAGCGAACAUUUGGAGGCGGCGGGACAAGUGCAACAUCUAUCUAACCCGGUGCUGCUCCAAGAACUUGUGGAUAAGCUGCCAGCAAAUUUGAAGCUUGACUGGGUGGCGUUCAAACGACAAUUCGCGGCGGUCGACCUCCGUGUAUUCGGUCGGUACAUGGCAAAUCUGGUCUCGGCAGCAGCUGAAGUCACUCUUACGUUGGAUCCAAGGGGAAGUAAGCAGAAGAGAGAGGAGAAGCUGAAAGGUUUUGUGAAUGCUCAUGCUGCUACAUCAGACGCAACAGCUGACGAGGCCCCGAAGGUGGAAUCACCAAAAGCAGCUUCGCAAAUUAGCUGUUUGGUCUGCGGGAAUCCAGACCAUCGAGUGAAGGAUUGUGACGUCUUCAAAAAGAUGGACCGGGAUGACCGCUGGCAAGUGGUGCAUAAUUAUUAUUUGUGUCGUAUCUGCCUCGGGAAACACGGAAGAAAACCCUGCCGGUCCUCAUCGCGCUGUGAAGUUCUAGGUUGUCAAAUGCGACACCAUCCGCUUCUGCACGGCGAUUCGGGCAGUUCGUCGACCAAUCCAUCUCAUCCAAUACCUCAAAGAGGCGGAGCAGGCCAGCGAAGUGAUGCAACGGAAGGUGUGAAUCCUCACAACGUCCAGAGCUCGACACUGUUUCGCAUGUUGCCGGUGCGACUCUUCAACAAAGGACGGUGUAUUGAGACGCUAGCUUUCAUCGACGAAGGAUCGUCCGUCACACUCCUCGAAAAGGGAAUAGCCGACGUACUACAGGUUGAAGGCACGGAAAAGCGUCUUUGCCUAACCUGGACAAGCAACGUUAGCCGUGAGGAAGAAGGCUCCCGUCAGGUAGAGGUGGAGAUUUCGGGUAUCAGUGGAGGCAAGCGAUAUCCACUAAAAGACGUCAGGACGGUCGAGUCCCUGGCACUACCUGCGCAGACGCUGUGCUAUAAAGAGCUUGCCGAGCGUUUCCCUCAUCUGCGGAAGCUACCGGUCGUAGACUUCGAAUCCAAAGCUCCAGGAAUUCUCAUUGGAGCCAAGAAUACUCACCUCACCGCAACCCAACAAAUACGCGAAGGUUGCGUGGGAGAGCCGGUGGCAGCAAAAACUCGUCUCGGAUGGGCGAUCUACGGCUCAAUGCCAAACGGGACGAACGUUGCGAGUUGCAACUUGCACAUCUGUGGUUGUGAUGUAGACAGGAGCCUGCACGAGCUAGUGAAGCAAUACUUCACGGUCGAGAACGUGGGCGUCUCGGUGAAUCAGAGUCCCGAAUCGAACGACGACAAGCGAGCGAGGGCAAUACUCGAGCAGACGACUAGAAGAGUCGAAAACGGCUUCGAGACUGGAUUACUGUGGCGCUACGAUUAUGUAGAAUUUCCCAAUAAUUACGCUAUGGCUGUCCGACGGCUACGGUGCUUGGAACGCCGUUUCAACGCGGAUUCAUCCUUGUUUGAUAAAGUCCAGCGGCAGAUAGCGCAAUACCAGCAAAAGGGCUACAUUCACGAAGCUACGGAGGAGGAACUAGCCGAAGCGGAUCAAAGGAGACUGUGGUAUCUGCCGGUUGGAAUAGUUCGAAACCCCAAGAAGCCCAACAAGAUUCGCAUCGUGUGGGAUGCCGCAGCAACAGUGAACGGCAUAUCCCUGAAUAGCAUGCUACUAAAAGGACCGGAUCUAGUCCAACCUCUCCCAGAUAUUCUCUGUGGAUUCCGUGAGCGGAAGAUUGCAGUCGUGGGAGAUAUCAUGGAAAUGUUCCAUCAGUUGAAGAUACGGCAAGCAGAUCGUUACAGUCAGUUGUUCGUCUGGCCCGGUGAAACCGGGCGUCCUCCGAAAACCUUCGUGAUCGACGUAGCAACCUUCGGCUCAACUAGCUCACCAUGCUCGGCGCAGUUCGUAAAAAAAUUGAAUGCAGCCGAGCAAGCAGAACAAUAUCCGAGGGCCGCGGAGGCGAUUGUGCGCCGGCAUUAUGUCGACGAUUACCUGCAUAGUUUCGACAGUGAGGAAGAAGCAUGUCAAGUUGUAGAGGAGGUCAAGUUGGUGCAUAAACGAGGCGGAUUCACAAUUCGCAACUGGCUUUCGAAUUCAGGUGCAGUACUCCGCCAGAUUGGGGAUACCGAAGCGAGAGCAACGAAGAUCGUCGGUGAAGGCGGUCCCGAAGCAGAACGCGUGCUAGGCAUGCAAUGGAGAGCAACCGAGGAUGUCUUCGUGUUCUCCAGCGAUACCGACUUGGGAGCCGUCACCCCUACAAAGCGAGGCAUCUUACGGUGCGUUAUGAGUCAGUUUGACCCGUUGGGGCUUCUUUCCCAUUUCCUCAUCCAUGGCCGCGUUAUCAUUCAGGAUAUAUGGCGCACAAAAGCUGGUUGGGACGACGUGGUAGGCAAGCCAAUCCUUGAACGAUGGCAUUUGUGGGUAGCCAAAUUCAACGACCUGAAAGCUGUUCGUAUACCUCGUGCCUAUUUUCCGGGCGUAACGGCAUCAGAAAUCGAGGACUUGCACUUGCAUAUAUUUGUCGACGGCAGCGAGACUGCCUAUGCUUGUGUCGCCUACUUGAGGGCCACCAUCCAUGGAAAGUUCCAGUGUGCACUUGUCGGAGGAAAAGCGAAAGUCCAGCAUCAAAGAAGUGACAAAAUCGUAAAACUCGCUGGCCUUUAACAACUAGUUCCAAUAUUUUCUCUAAUGUGUGCAAUAUGUUGAUGGGACGAAAUUCUUCGGAUUUAAUCGUUCCAGCAACCUUCUGAAUUGGGACUAUUAGGGAUUCCUUCCAUACCAUACCUUCCAUGCCCAGUUGAUAAAGAUUUAUUAAUAAGGUUCAGCAAGAUGUAAUCAAUGACAUGGAAGCAAUCUUAAAUAACUCUAGCGUUAACAUUAUCUACUCCAGCCGUUUUUCCUAAAGAAAAGAAAAUACUUCUAAGUUUGUUUAUUAUAAUUGGGUGGAAACACUAUACUACUAAACUACUAUUGACCGGCUGUUUUAUUUCAUCAGGUUCAUCGACCAGUUCAAUGGAUUGGUUGAUCAAUGAAACACUAUUGAUGAAAUAAUCGUUAAACUUACAUGCUAUUGCGUGUUCAGACUGUUUAAAUGUACCAUUCAAAGUUAUGGA